UGCAUAUUGAAACUUCGUUUUCUGAAACUGACGUUUCUAAUCAAGGUCAUUCAACGUCAAUUUUUGUUCCACUCUAGUUCAGUAAUCUGAGUUUUGAACGUCGUUUCAGUUUUUACAGUGCUUACAUAAAUAUGGAUUCAUUUCUUAUCAGCCAAGAAUCUGGACAUCCCAUUGAAAAAGAUUUCGCCUUCAAUAACAAUGUCGCUAAUGCGCAUGUAACAGUUCGACUAAGAUUUUUACGAAAAGUCUACGGUAUUCUAUUCACACAACUUUUACUCACUUCAUUAUGUUCUGGAACAAUGAUGGUUUUAAAACCUGUUCUAUUGGAUAACCUUCAACAGAAUACAUGGUUACCAAUUAUACUUAUUAUAAGUACAAUCGGAAUUCUAUUGGGAUUAAUGUGGAAAAGACAGGAAACACCAACUAAUUUUAUAUUAUUAUACUUAUUUACUAUAUGUGAAUCUAUACUCGUGGGAUAUGCAGUGAUUACAUAUUCUGCAACCGUUGUACUUCAAGCAUUUAUAUUAACCACCAUAGUUGUUAUGUCUUUGAUGUUGUACACACUGAAUUCCAAGAAAGAUUUCAGUAAAUGGGGUGUUGGAUUAUCAGUUGCUUUCCUCAUUUUACUAUUAGUUGGACCCAUUAACUUAUUUCUAGGUUCAUCAUUAUUGGAAUUAUGUAUCGCAGCUGGUGGUGCUUGCUUAUUCAGUUUAUUCAUAGUUUAUGAUACUUGGCGAAUAAUGCAUCAUUGUUCACCGGAAGAAUAUAUUAUGGCAUGCGUUGAUUUAUACUUGGAUAUAUUAAAUCUGUUUAUGUAUAUUUUAAGAUUUUUAAAAGAACUACAACAUAAUCAAGGUUAAUUAAUUGGUUGUGUUCAGUAAUUAUUUACUAUGAAAUAAGCGUAUUUGUGAUUUCAAUAUUUAUUAUUCAUCACACUUAAACCAUAUAUUUAUCUGUCCAUAUUUAACUGCUAAUGACUAAGUCAUAAAUGAAUUGUUUCCACUUUUUUUAUGCACUACUAUUACUACUACUACUGAUUUCACAACUAUUGGAAAGAAACUGACAAACUUUAUCCUUGAAUUGUCCCUUUCACAUUUCUUGUUGCUGUUUUCCUCUUCGUCCUUUUUCUAAUCCUUUUAAAUUUCUCUUAGCUUUUUGACUGAUCAUAUAAAUGAAGUACACGAAUGCGCCAUACUAACUCGUGCAUGUGUGUGUAUGUGCAUAUUUCAAUAUUUUUUGUUUAUCCUUUUUUUCAGUUGAUAAAAUUAACACUUUCUCAAACUAUUGAAUAAUAAAUGAUUUAUAACUCAACC